CACAAAUUGGAGUUUUGAAAUAAUUACUCUGUAAGAGGCAUUGAUGAAGUCUGUUUAUCUGAGUUGUGGUGGUGCAGUGGCUACUGCAGGAUACUUCUGCUGCCUGUUGUCCGCCUGCAAUUUGGCAGUUCGAAUCUCACCAGGCUCAAGGUUGACUCAGCCUUCCAUCCUUCUGAGGAAAACCUGAACUGUCUCAGCAGAAGACUGGAAUGAGGCAAUUGGAUUUUUUUGAAAUGUUUGAUUAAAAAAGAAACCCCACAGCUACCUAGCCACUAGUCAAAAGCCUUACCAUUCUUGAUAAAAUGGAGGCCACUAAUUUGUUCAAGAGCCAAAAUGUCUUUCCUUCUGAGUCCACUUUAAAAGUCGACAGAAAGAACUUGCCAUCAUACCAAGCUAUGUUGUCUGCAAUGAAGGCAAAAAUGCCUUUUAUGUAUCAGAGAGAUGUUAGCCAUGCUGCCUGGCAUUAUGCGGAUUAUCAGAAACAAUGUCUUAAGAAUGUAUCCAAGAGCAUUCAUUUUUCCAAAGAAACCAUUAAGUCAUCAGCUUUAUCUUAUAAAGAUUAUGACCCUAAAGGUCUAUAUGAUUUUUCCACUGUUAUUCGUCAAUGUAAAGCUGAAGAUAUUAUUCCUAAAAAGCCAAGGAAACCAAGAAAACUGAAACCAUCGAGAAAAUUACCUCAGUUGAGGGAAUCAGAAAUUGCUCAUGUUCAAGAAACCCCUGGGAAUCUCCCUCUGUUCUUAGAAGACUGUAUCUGGGAAGCCAAAGUAGAAAGUUCCCAAGCAGAUCCCAAAUUGCUGGUACCCAUUCCCCCUCCUCCUCCUCUUUCUCCUCCUUCUUCUGACUUUCCAAAUAUCCAGGCAUUCCCAGCCAAACCCCCUGAGAAGUUAGAAGACUCAAGUAAGAAAAGACAGUCCAAAUUCACAAUCUGGGAUGAACCCGAACAAGAAAAACUGGGGUGGGAAGAAAGUCUGUUAACAAAGAUAAGCAAAACAACAGCUCAAUGGAUUGUGAACAAUCAAACCUCUUGGGGAGGUUGGGUUCAGGGUAAGCUAAAGCAUUUCAAGAAACAAAAGUACGACUGGAACAGCAUCAGAUAUGUACUCCCUUGUGAAAAUGAUGUGGAAUUACUGGAUGGUAUUCUAGCAGAGGAAACAGUGGAAGGAGGUCCUAUUCACAAACAUGAACAAAAGAAGCUAGAGACGCCUCUCGCUGCUUACUAUAGGUUACCAUCUUUUCAUGCAAGAGUGGUAGACGAGGAUGAUCUACUCUUUCCCAAUCAAACAGCAGACAAAAUAUCAACGAAAUGUCUCAGACCAGCGACUCCUGUUAAACGUCGUGAACGGCUGCACUCCAGGACUGGGAAAAGUUCAUAUGUGACUCAGAAUAUCUUUGAACAAGAACUUUAUUUUGGGUCAGCCAAGAUUAUCCAUCAAAAAACCAAGAAGGAUCGUAUCAUUCUGGAUAAUCAUGAUGAAUAUAAGAAACAUCUAGAACAAUGCUACCCAAGACCUCCAGAAGUCUGGAGCUUCAAAUCACCAAAAAGACCAACUAAAAAAGUACAGAAAGGAAUGAUCCACUGGAAAACACUUCCCACUCUUAUUGAAGAUUUUUCCCAAGUGGAUGAAAUGCAGUCACCUGACCCAACUGAAAGAGAAAGAGAUCUGUGCACUAAACAGGAAGAGAGUGUAUCUGAAACUGUUCGUAUUCGUAAAACGAUGUUGGAACAAUGGAAAGCUGCCUGGAAAUUUGAUCCUCAUUGGCAGACAGCAACUAUAGAAGGGAUACUUGUAGACCUUGCUGACCUGCAUGUUCAAAAUCGGAUCAAUGGUCUACUUGUCUGUGCCUCUGCUGUGCUUGAGCGUCCCUGUAAAGUCCAAAAUGCAAGUCAGGAGUCAGGACUAGAUGCUUUCACAAAAGACAUAGAAAUUAAGGAUCUACCGGAAAAAAUACAACCCUUGCUGCAAAAAACUCUGUUUGACACGGAUGCACAUGUACGAAUGGCAGCUGCAGUAUGCUUCUAUGCCAUGUGGAAACCAAAUCCAGAAGCACAGUCUAUCAUGAAGAAAGCUCUGAUAGAUGGUAAUUCUGCAGACAGCUGGGCAGCAGCUCAAGCUCUAGCACUGGAAGGAGUUAGCAGUUUCCAGGUAGUGAAAAGGAUUCUGUCUCAGAUUUUUGAUGAAAAUGACGAUGCUUCAGAAGAACAGGCAUGUCUUUUGUUAGCACGGCUCAGCAAACACACGGGUUUGGUUCAUUGUUUACUGGCAUCAGAAUUGAACAGCUAUCAAUGGAUACAUCGGGCUUUGGCAUGUAAAACAUUGUCUCGUAUUCCAGGGAACGUCACCCAGGACCUCAAGAACAAAAUUGUCCAACUGAUGUGGACAGAUUGGAAAAUUGAGGUACGCCAGGCAGCUGCCAAGGUUUUGGGACAUUUGAAGCUUGGAAAAGAAGUCCAUGACCAGCUGAGAGAGAAUCUAAAAAGGGGAGACUGCCGGAAGAAAGUGGAAGCUCUUUCUAUGAUUGGCUGGCUGAAAUUCAUGACAGCCAGGCUGCUCCCUGGCUUUCUUCAAUGUUUCUCUGAUGACUUUGUAGCUGUCCGAAAAGAAGCUUGCUGGGCAGCCGGAGCACUUCAGAUUAAAGAAGAGACUGUACUAAGAUGCCUUUUUAAGAUCAUGCAGACUGAUCCUUUAUGGAAAAUCAAAGCUCUUGCCAUCAGAGCUUUGGGUCAGAUAGGUGAGGCAAGUCCCUACCUAAAAAACCUUCUUCUCUGGGCCCUUCAUUAUGAAGAAGAUCCUGGAGUACGGAGGGAAGCCUGCCGGAGUAUCAUCACUCUCAAAAUGCAGGAUGAAACUGUUCGGGCUACUUUACUGAUGAGAAUGAUACUGGAACCAAAUGAGAAAGUAAAAGAAGAAGUGAGUCGUGCUGUGACAAAUUUCAAUUUUGAACAAGAGGAAGAGCAAGAAAUGAUCCAAAAAAUCAAGAAUGAGAUUUCCAGAUUAAGCCAAAAACCCCUAGUGAUAGAGAAAGUACUAAAACUUCAAGAAGCAAUAGAGAAGAUGUGGCAUGAAGCGCACUGCAUUUAUCGGGAAAAAGGAGACAUCUUUGCAUAUAGAGAUAUUCGUGACAUCUUCCUUAAUGUUGUUAAAACUGCUUUCACUGAUCAAACACAAACUCCAAGCAGGAAGUUCUCAAACCUUUGGAUUGCUAUUUUAAAUGUAUUACCUUGGUUAGGAAUCCCUCCAAAUCCCUGGACACAAAGGGCCUUUUAUGAGGCACUAAAAAGACACAAGGCAGAAAGGCGAAACGUCUCAAGAAACAAAAAACAACUACAGAAAAGCAAAAAGAAUCCAAGGACAUUGAAAAGGGCAAAAAGACACCAUUUGCUGUCCAUUUUGAGACAUAACAGGUUGACCCUUUCACUCCAAAAGAUGCAGCAGAAUACAGUGAUGAAACUCUGCUAUGCUGAAAAAUUCAAUCUGAUGGAAUGCUGCAAGCUCAGUCUGUUACCAUUUGUAAAAGUGUUAUAAGUACUGCAGAAUGUUAGAUGAGUUGAAUUUAGACCAGUUGUAUUCUGUAUUUGUAAAUGCAGAUUUCCUCUUAAUUUUGUAUUUGUACUCAUUCACUGGUGUUAUCUUCCUCUACGUGUACAAUUAAUUUUCAAUAAAACCAAGAGGAAAAGAUUAAAACCAUAACAAAGAAUAUUGCAUUUCUAUCCUUGUGUAUCUUGGUGCAAUUGUGCAAUUCCUUCACUUUCUUUUAAAAUAUUUAAUGUAAUGAGACUAUUUUCCAAUGGUUUGGUUAGAACCUAACGUGUACAGAGCAGUUCAGUUAAGUGAUUUCUUUUUUAAAUCAACUUUUUAAAUGAUUUAUAUUUUAUAUGCCAAUUUGGUCUAGUGGUUAAGGCACCAGGCUAGAAAGCAGGAGAUUGUGUGUUCAAGUUCCAUUUUAGCUAUGAAAGCUGGCUGAUAAUUUUGGGCCAGUUACUGUCUCUCAAGUCCAACUAACUUCACAGGAUUGUUUGUGUGGGGAAAAUAGGAGGAGGAAGAGGUGUUGGGUAUAACACACUUCGCUCUGAGUUAUUUGUAAAAGUAAUAAAGAUGGGAUACAAAUAAAUAUACAAGUCAUUAUGUGUAAAUAAUUGUACUUCACAUCAUUAAUUAAUCAGAAGAUUCAGGCAUCAUUCCAUAGGAAUAGUAUAAUAAUCUGAUAAAAAGAGAAUAAUGUGGAAUGUGGAAUCCUUGGUGCUCUUGUUUGUUUGUUUGCAGAUCCUUUGUUACCUGAAUAGAUAACAUGAUGAUGUCAUCUAGUCAGGUAGUGUAAAUGUAAUUUCUUCAGAUUAAGAAGCUUCCAUAAUAUAAUUCCUUUUCACAAACUAUAUAGGGAAAGAUGUUUGAAUUUAAACAAUUCAAGACACACAAUUCAAUCUCAUGCAGAAUUAGGAAUGCCUGAUCCUCUUUAUUUUCCAUGUAUCUAACUUUUACAUGCUGCAAAAUAAUGGUAUGAUCAACUCCUGGUUAUUUCAUAGAUACUGUA